CAACAAAUUAUAGAUGAGCCUAUGGGAGAAGAAGAACUAAAUCCACAAACAGAAGAAGGCAAUAUUAAAGAGAUUGCAAUAACAUAUCACGUCAAAGAAGGACAUGAAAAGGCAGAUCCUUCACAAUUUGAACUCCUUAAAGUACUAGGCCAGGGAUCUUUUGGAAAGGUAUUCCUUGUCAAAAAAAUCUCAGGAUCUGAUGCCAAACAGCUGUAUGCAAUGAAAGUGCUAAAAAAAGCAACAUUGAAAGUUCGUGAUCGUGUUCGGACAAAAAUGGAACGUGACAUCUUAGUAGAAGUUAACCAUCCCUUUAUUGUCAAGUUACAUUAUGCUUUUCAAACAGAAGGGAAGCUAUAUCUUAUUUUAGACUUUCUCAGGGGAGGCGAUUUGUUUACACGCUUAUCCAAAGAGGUCAUGUUCACAGAAGAUGAUGUCAAAUUUUACUUGGCUGAAUUAGCACUUGCUUUAGACCAUCUGCAUAGUCUUGGAAUAAUAUACAGAGAUCUAAAACCAGAAAACAUACUUCUUGAUGAAGAAGGACAUAUUAAAUUAACAGAUUUUGGCUUAAGCAAAGAAUCUAUUGAUCAUGAGAAAAAGGCAUACUCCUUUUGUGGAACAGUAGAAUACAUGGCCCCAGAAGUAGUUAAUCGGCGAGGUCAUACACAGAGUGCAGAUUGGUGGUCAUUUGGUGUGCUAAUGUUUGAAAUGCUCACUGGUACUCUACCUUUCCAAGGGAAAGACAGAAAAGAAACCAUGACUAUGAUUCUCAAGGCCAAACUUGGAAUGCCCCAAUUUUUAAGUCCAGAAGCUCAGAGUCUUCUUCGAAUGCUUUUUAAGAGAAAUCCUGCAAAUAGAUUAGGAGCAGGUCCUGAUGGAGUUGAGGAAAUUAAGAGGCAUACAUUUUUUGCCACAAUAGACUGGAACAAAUUGUACAGAAGAGAAAUUAAUCCACCAUUUAAACCUGCAACUGGUAGACCUGAAGACACUUUUUAUUUUGAUCCUGAAUUUACAGCAAAAACACCAAAAGAUUCACCUGGUAUUCCACCAAGUGCUAAUGCUCAUCAACUUUUCCGGGGUUUCAGUUUUGUAGCUAUUGCAUCAGAUGAUGAAAAUCAAGCAAUGCAGACAUCUGGUGGGCAUUCAAUUGUUCAGCAGUUGCACAGGAACAGCAUUCAAUUUACUGACGGAUAUGAAGUCAAACAAGAUAUAGGAGUUGGAUCCUAUUCCGUUUGCAAGCGAUGUAUACAUAAAACCACAAAUAUGGAAUAUGCUGUAAAGAUUAUAGACAAGAGUAAAAGAGACCCCACAGAGGAAAUAGAAAUAUUGCUACGAUAUGGACAGCAUCCAAAUAUUAUUACUCUCAAAGAUGUAUACGAUGAUGGAAAAUAUGUGUAUCUGGUAACAGAACUCAUGAAAGGCGGAGAACUGCUGGACAAAAUCCUUAGGCAAAAAUUUUUUUCUGAAAGAGAAGCUAGUGCUGUCUUAUUGACAAUUACAAAAACUGUUGAAUACCUUCAUGCACAAGGGGUUGUACACAGAGAUUUGAAACCUAGUAAUAUCCUAUAUGUUGAUGAAUCAGGCAAUCCAGAAUCUAUUCGAAUUUGUGAUUUUGGCUUUGCAAAGCAGCUGAGAGCAGAAAAUGGCCUUUUAAUGACACCCUGUUAUACAGCAAAUUUUGUUGCUCCAGAGGUGUUAAAAAGGCAAGGGUAUGAUGUGGCAUGUGACAUAUGGAGCCUUGGUGUCCUUCUGUAUACAAUGUUGACUGGUUAUACUCCCUUUGCAAAUGGUCCUGAUGAUACUCCAGAAGAAAUUUUGGCACGAAUAGGUAGCGGGAAGUUCUCUCUCAGUGGUGGAUACUGGAAUUCUGUUUCAGAAACAGCAAAGGACUUAGUUUGGAAAAUGCUUCAUGUUGACCCUCAUCAGAGACUGACUGCUGCCCAAGUUCUAAGGCACCCAUGGAUAGUUCACUGUGAUCAGUUGCCACAGUACCAACUCAAUAGGCAAGAUGCUCCACAUCUUGUGAAGGGUGCCAUGGCAGCUACAUACUCAGCAUUGAAUCGCAAUCAGUCACCAGUUUUGGAGCCAGUGGGUCGUUCUACGCUUGCUCAAAGAAGAGGAGUAAAAAAAAUUACCUCAACUGCCCUGUGAAAUGACCUCAUCUAAAAAAAUUGGUACCACAAUGAGUUGAUAGCACAAAUUAUGGCAACAGGUAGCACAUGCCCCAAUUACCUGAAAGCACACUCUUCCAGCUGGUACUGUUAUGCUGCUGCUCCUGCUUUCAUCUUUUGAAAACUCUUAAAGACAAAACAUUCUCCUUCAGGUGGAGGAAAAAGUGGAAUCAGUGGAAAAAGAACUAUUAAUGGAAAUAAUUAUGAACACCUCUUGUUACAAUAGAUACACUGAAGAAAGCACUCUGCACCAUAUAGCAUUAUUUUUAUAGGGAAAGUUUUUCUCCCUUUAAAAUAAUUAUUUGAUACAUGUAAGGAUGGACAGUUCAUGUUAAGCACUUACCUUAAAAUAUGUUUAUAUUAGCACUGUGUAAUUUGUGCCAUCCAGCGUUUUAUAUGUUUUGUAAUCUUUUCCUAACAGUACACUUCUGUACUGUUUCCUUCUCUUUAGACUAAUUGAUUUGACAAUUAAAUCUGAUUAAAAUGUUAAUCAGUAUGGUUGGACAUCUCUAAAACAGCUUGACUGUUAAACAGCUAUUGAAUGUAAUUCUGUGAAUGUGCAUUUCCUUGCCUGGGUCUUCCCAUGGACACGUUGUUAGAAAUCUUGGGAAUAGAGCUGUUAAAGCAUUUAAUGGUAUAAAUGGCAUCUUUUAAUCAUGUAUGUGGUUUGCUAUGUAUGGAAGCAAAAAGGGUCUUCAUAUCUUCAUAAUGAGUGUCUUUUUAUGGACCUCAGAAACCAUUACAAAAUGGUUUAACUUUGGUUCAGCUGAUGUUAAUUGUAACUGGUCUUUCUUUGUUGCUUUAACAGCAAGAGUAUUUAUUGCACAGUGCUGAUCAGAAAAUGGGGAGGGCAGGAAUGUAAUGUUUAAGCUGAAGUAGUACAUUGUCCAAUAAUAAUGAUGUUAGAUCAUUUUUGUGGCUAAAAAAUUACUAACAGCAGGUCUGUUGUACUUGGGCCACUUUCUGUCUACAGACAAAAGCAGCAUUGAAUACAAAUUGAAUGGAAUGUGCCCCAGUGUCUUCAACCUGUUUCUAGUGGCUCUGCCUUCAAAGUUUGGCAUGUCCAUAGAUUACAACCUUGGUGAAGAAUGGUGUACAAUAAGAUGCUAAGGUUGCAAUCUUAAACACACAUACUAAACAUAAUGGAAACUACUUCUGAGCUUAUUUUUAUCGUUUUUAUGGAAAAUGGGGAAAACUUUCACCUCUUCAAAUUGUCUUGGGAUACUUCUGUGAAAUUCCGAACUUUUAUGUACUGCAAACUAUAGUAUGCUGAAGAAAUGAAGAAUUUUGGGUGGAUCAUCAGAAUUCUGCCAAAGAAAUUACUCUUUAUACAGUAGUAAUACUUCUCCAUUGUCUUGCAUUUUGCCAAUAAGUUAGUCUCCAAUCAGUGUGGUAGACAUAAGCAAAGUAGGCAAUGAAAUAUAUCUUUUUUUUUCCUAUCAAAUGCUCAUGAUCUCUUUAAUCACUGGGUCCUAUGGUUUCCUUGUCUUCCUUUUAGUUCACAUUAAUUUGUAGUACUUUCCAGGGUUUCACCUCAUGUUUCUGCCUUACAAACUCAUGCAAUUGUUUCAGGUUACCAGAGUUUUAUUUAUACUGUAAUUCUUUUAAAAUCCUUUUCACACACUAGUUCACAAAUAAGUCUUUGCUUGUAUAGAUGCUGCUAAUUAGCCACCAAGGGGCCUUUAUUUCUUACUGUUGGUUAUAUGUUGGUGUUUUAAAAUGCUAUUUUCUUCUGUCAUGCUUGAAAAUAUUUGUUAAUAAUUUUGCUACGUGUUGCUUCAAGACUUCACUGCAAUGACAGAUCCUGAAUUGGUGGUAUCCUAACCAUGACAUGAAUUUUAUAAAGUUAAAGGACAGCUGUUCAGGACAUUUAUCUGGCCACUUCAUAGUGCUAUAGUAACAUAGGCAGUUAUUCAUAUGAUUUGGAUUAUUCCACAUGAAGUAUAUGGGCAGGGGCUGUUUCUUAGGUUUGGAUGGAUGGAAAUAUAUGAUUUUAUCUGUUGCAAUUUUCUAACAGAUACCUAUUUUUAACACUUUGAACUUCAAUAGUUUUCAACCCUAACCAAAAUAUUUAUCACAAUUUAUCAGUGCCAUGAUUUCCCUAAAGCAUCUAUGGUGCACUUUACAACUAUGUAAAGAGAAGUUCUGGGGUGCUUUUGGAGUUGUAAAGAAGAUACAAUGUUGAGCUUUUUCAGAUGGAUACCUUAUUUUGACUUCUAUAAACAUAUGCACUAAUUGUUGUUGAACAUGGGUUAAAUCUACUGUAACAAGGAUGUUGAAAUGCUUGUAGCUGUUGCUAAAGCUCCAGAAAUUUCACAAAAUGCUGAAUCCAUUUUGGAAGAAGAUAAAAAUCUUUGCUUUUAGUUAAUAAGCAAAAAGCAGAAAUAUAUCAUAAGGCAUAUUGUAUAUCUUAAACCUUGGGAAAAUGAAUCAAUUAUUUGCAGUAGUCUAUUGCCCCACUUCUUUUUAUUUCACUUUGCUAACAUAUUUCGUUGUCUUGCAUGAAAAUUAUUCCUGUCUCAGUGUGCGUGAACAAUUUUUAAUAACCUGCUUCCAAUAUCAGAUGUUUUAAAGAUGCUAUUCAUGUUGGACUCAUGCAGUCAGUUUUAUAAUUAACAAUAUCUGCUUCUGUAGACAGAAGAUUUUUAUUUCAUUUAACAUUAUUCUGCAAGAAAUAUAUGUA